AUGGCUACAGUGGCGGCGAGCGGAGUGCAGCAAGAGAAUGGCUUCAGCACCGCGAACAGCUCCAGCAGAAUGAACGGCAUUGCUCUCGGUCAGAGCUCCAUUCCCAUGAAGGACCACGACGCCAUCAAGCUGUUCGUGGGUCAGAUCCCACGGAACCUGGAAGAGAAAGACCUCAAGCCGCUCUUUGAGGAAUUCGGCAAGAUCUACGAACUCACCGUGCUCAAAGACAGAUUCACGGGAAUGCAUAAAGGAUGUGCCUUUCUAACUUACUGUGCCAGGGAGUCUGCGCUGAAGGCCCAGAGCGCUCUCCAUGAGCAGAAGACUCUGCCUGGGAUGAAUCGGCCCAUCCAGGUGAAGCCAGCAGACAGCGAAGGACGGGGAGAAGACCGGAAACUCUUUGUGGGAAUGUUGGGGAAGCAGCAGAGCGAGGAGGAUGUGCGCAGGCUUUUCGAGACGUUUGGCCAGAUUGAAGAGUGCACCGUGCUCCGGGGGCCUGAUGGGGCCAGUAAGGGCUGUGCCUUUGUCAAGUUUUCCAGCCAUGCAGAAGCGCAGGCAGCCAUCAACAGCCUGCACGGUGGCCAGACCAUGCCGGGUGCGUCCUCCAGCCUGGUAGUGAAGUUUGCCGACACGGAUAAAGAACGGACCCUACGCAGGAUGCACCAGAUGGCAGGCCAACUUGGCAUCUUCAGCCCCAUGACUAUCCAGUUCGGGGCCUACGGAGCCUACACCCACGCUCAGAUGAUGCAGCAGCAGGCGGCGCUCAUGGCUGCCACACAGGGCUCCUAUCUCAACCCCAUGGCGGCCAUUGCAGCCGCUCAGAUGCAGCAAAUGGCAGCUUUCAACGUCAACGGCCUGGUGGCUGCCCCAAUGACGCCCUCUUCAGGCACCAGCACACCUCCAGGCAUUAGUGCCACAGCAGUGCCCAGCAUCGCCGCUCCGAUCGGGGUGAAUGGCUUCAGCGCACUGCCUCCUCAAAGCAAUGGACAGCCAGCCUCUGAAACCAUAUACACCAAUGGAAUUCACCCCUAUCCAGCACAGAGUCCAACAGUGACUGACCCUCUCCAGCAAGCAUAUGCCGGCGUGCAACACUAUGCAGCAGCCUAUCCUGCCGCCUAUGCGCCAAUCAGCCAAGCGUUUCCCCAGCAACCGGCCAUCAUCCCCCAGCAACAGCGUGAAGGGCCUGAAGGCUGUAACCUGUUUAUCUACCACCUGCCGCAGGAGUUUGGGGAUGCCGAGCUCAUGCAGAUGUUUCUGCCCUUUGGCAACGUCAUCUCUGCCAAAGUCUUCGUGGACCGGGCCACCAAUCAGAGCAAGUGUUUUGGCUUCGUGAGCUUUGAUAAUCCAUCCAGCGCUCAGGCUGCCAUUCAGGCAAUGAAUGGUUUUCAGAUUGGCAUGAAGAGGCUUAAGGUCCAGCUGAAGCGGCCAAAAGAUGCCAACCGCCCUUACUGAUUGCACCAACAUCCACAUCCAGGCAUGGCCAAACGUAGCUCGAGAUGGCCACGCUGUUGCCUAGCUACAUGUCCACGGUCAGGGGGAAACUGAUGAAGGAUGACAACACCUUAUUUUCACAAGUGCAG